GUCAAGGUAACGACGUAAGCCUGGUCAGGCGAGCGGAGCUAACUUGCUAAUGCAUUUUCUUAGCCAAACACACGAUAAAACGUAAGUGCAGUUCAAGUUGCUGUGAAUUUAAGUUUUUAUUACCCGUGAGAAAACCCGUGUCCGAUCCGGUAUGGUUUGGCAUCAACACAAACUAUGUCAAGCAGCAACAUCAACCUACCCCCGGUGCGACAUUUGCCACACUGGACUCGAGUUGGGAGUCUGGGGAAACCAUGCUCUGCGCCUCGCCUUCCACCGGGGAUCCAACUAGAGCCGCUUCGCCCCGGCCCACCAGCGGACAGGGGGCCGGUGAUGAAGGCGCAUUCACCGGAGGAGUCGUGCCACAUCGACCCGGACCCCCGCGUCGCCUCGCUGCACAGAAAUAUCCAGUUCCUUCAGCAGCAACACCAGGACACGCUGGGCAAGCUUCACUCGGAAAUCGAAUACCUCAGACGGGAGAAUAAAGAGCUGCAGUAUAAGCUGAUAAUGGAGUCGCCCACUGUUAGUCGGAGAGCAGGAUUACCCACUAGUCGUGGAGGCCUCAGACCGCCCACUCAGGGCAGUGAUGUGCGCACUGGACUGUACCUGGAGGAGCAGCUGCAGGACACGCGACCCCUGCAUGACCAAGCAGCCAGUCUGCGAGAGUCCACAGACACAGCAGGCUCCUUCAGUAAAGUGCACGGUGCAGAGCCAAGAGGGGGUCUCAUCACUUCACUACAGCCUCUGCGCAUCCACAGUAGCCCCGCUCACCCACCACGCCCACCUACCCUGCACGAGUGUGAGGUCAUCAUCCGACAGCUCUACAAUGCCAACAGUAUACAGUCUCAGGAACUUUUGCGUGUGAAAGCCUUGCUGAGAGACAUUGUUUUCAGUAAGAAAAUCACUCCAGAAAACUACAUUCUCACCAAAACCUAUCUUGCAGAUGGGACAAGGAAGUUUUCUGAAACCGAGAAGUUGCCAAAGCUUGGUCAUCAGACAUUUCCAGAAAAAUCCUCUGAAGCGCCCCAGUCGACUCUGAUAUUGCCCGCUCUCAAACAGUCGUUCAGUACAUCUAUCGCAGACAGACAGAGGAGAGCCCGAGCUGUGCAGAGGGGCCGCUGCAAGAGAGUGGUGCAGUGACCCAGCAAUACUCAUCAAGAGAUUCUGGUAUUUUCACACCAACCAGGAAUGACAAAAGACAAAGGAAUUUGCACAUAUAAAAAAUAAUGUAUUACCUUUUAUGUAGUAGAAUGAGAUGUUCCUAUAUGCGUAAUAAGAGCACACGACAUUUUGUUUAACUGGUUGAAUAGAUGUUUUCUUGUAUAAUUAUUCAUUAUAUUACAUUGUUUUC